UGCCACUGUGGCGGAAAAUUGCGCAGAACAACGUUAGCUCUCGUCGGGUGCAAACGUGCUAGCGGUCUUGAUUAACGCGGUAGGGAUACAGAGAGAGAGAGAGAGAGGACUCAUUGAGGCAUUUUCCUUCUUUCUUGCUCCUGUCUGUUUUUUCAUUAAUUAUUAAUACAAAGGCAAAAGAACCCUUCGUGGUCGUUCUAUUGAAAAAGAAGUUACGCGCUUCUAGCGAGAAAAAGGAGCGAUAGAGCUACGUUUUUGAGUAGAGCGAAAGAAAUCGAGAGGAAAGAUGGCAGAGGACAAGAACGAGACAAGCCCGAGCGCCGAGGGUGAAAAGCCACCUCAGGAAGCGACGCCGUCUAAGCAAGAGAAAGAAGAGCCAAAGGAAAGCAAAGAAGAAGAAAAGAAAGUCGAAGAGAAUGGCGACGGUGAUAAUAAACCGAAGGAGAACGGCGAGGAGAAAUCCACGCCAGAGCCGAAGGACAUGCGGGCUAUUGUACUGAAUGGUUUCGGCGGAUUGAAAAGUGUCAAGGCUUUGAGGAAGCCCGAGCCCACCCUCGCGGAGGGAGAGGUCCUCAUCAGAGUCAAAGCAUGUGGAUUGAAUUUCCAAGAUCUGAUGGCCAGACAGGGCGCUAUCGAUUCCCCACCAAAAACUCCUUUCAUUAUGGGAUCCGAGUGCGCAGGUGACAUCGAGCAAGUUGGCGAGGGCGUGGAGAACUUUAAAGUGGGCGAUCGAGUGGUCGCACUUCCUGAUCACAAGGCGUGGGCAGAGCUCGUCUCCGUGCCGGCCACCUCCGUUUUCGCGCUACCAGCCGGGAUGAGUUACCUCGAUGCAGCGGCAAUCACGAUGAACUACACUGUUGCUUACAUACUGCUGUUCGAACUGGCCAAUUUGACGCCUGGAAAGAGUCUCGUGCUUCACAGCGCCGGCGGUGGUGUGGGUCAGGCAGUGGUCCAGCUGGCCAAGACCGUGAAAGACGUGACCAUCUUUGGUGUGUGCAGUAAAUCAAAGCACGAAGCCCUGAAAGCAGCUGGCACCAUCGACCACCUCUUGGAACGAGGCACAGACUAUAGCAACGAAGUCAGGAAGAUCUCCCCAGAGGGCGUAGACAUCGUUCUGGAUUGCCUUUGCGGCGAAGAAUGCAACAAGGGUUACGCUUUGUUGAAACCAAUGGGGAAAUAUAUCCUUUAUGGAUCGAGUAAUGUGGUCACCGGAGAGACUAAAAGCUUCUUCUCGGCAGCGCGAUCAUGGUGGCAAGUAGACAAGGUAUCCCCCAUCAAACUGUUUGACGAGAAUAAAACUCUGUCUGGGUUGAAUCUGCGCCACUUGAUGUAUCAACAUGGUAGCCACGCGUUCGUGCGACGAGCAGUAGAACGAGUGUUCGCCUUAUGGAACGAUGGUCAAAUAAAGCCUAUGGUAGAUUCUACGUGGGCUUUGGAGGACGUCCCGGAAGCCAUGCAGAAGAUGCAUGACCGUAAGAACAUUGGUAAGAUCGUGCUGGAUCCGAGUCUCGAGCCAAAACCGAAGCCAGCCACCCCAGCCAAAGGAAAGACGAAGGAUAAAAAGGCGGCCAGCCAAGAAAGCCAAGAGAAAAAAGCGACGAGCGUUGAAUCCGAGGAGGGGGAGAAGAAGAAAGAGCCUGAACUGACAAAUGGAACAUCCGAAGACAAAUCCGAUAGCGAUUCUAAAGAAAAAGAAUCGAGCUGAAUUAGCGGCGCUAGCUAAUUUUAAUAUACGUAUAUACAUAAAAAUACAUAUAUAUAUAAAAAAUGUAAAACACUGAUAUCUCCCGUGAAGAUCAAGAAUUUUGCAGAUAAGUACUCUAUUAUUCCUCACUAUCCAGAGAUCUACUACGUUUGUUGCGCUAUACGACGCUUGAUUAUUAUGUGACGAAUAUCCAUAAAGUAUCAUCAUGCUAUGCUGAUGACGAAUUAAUUUGGAAAAAGAAAACAAAAAAAGCAAGACAACAAAAACAGAAACGAAAAAUAAGGAUUUCGAAAUAUUUAGUUUGUCAAAUUCAACCAAAAAAAGAGAAAAGAAGGCUCGUUUCCCCAGAAUUCAUCUGCAUGCCUCUCUCCUCCCGUCUGUUUGCGCUGAAAGAAUUCUUCAGUGGAAUUCACGAGUGAAAGAGUGGGCGUGAAAAUACACGUACAGGUUCAUUCAUGUAUGUGAACCAGAGGGAAACAAAAGUAAAAA